AUGUCCAACAAAACACCCACCAAGAAGUUGGCUUCCAAGGCAUCGGUGGCAUCAUUUGGAUCGCCUGCGGCCAAGCGCAAUAGCCGCUUUGGAAGCCUCGAAGAGGCAAAAGAGUUUUCUGAUGAGGUCAUUAUGGUCGACUUUGACUUCCCCGAGAGGAAUGGUGGUCCUAUGUUCUGGGUCCAGCUCAUCCCAGAUUGUGAAACAAAGGAUGGAGCUCAAAUGUUUGAUAAGAUUGAUCUACGUCUGUCAACUACUAUUGACUUGUCUGAUGCGCACCAAAUCUAUGGAUGGAACGUCCUUGAUGGGGCAGCUUUUCUCUUGCGCAUGCCAUGGGUCCCCAACUACUUUCUCCUGUACCACAAGAAGCUAUUGCAGAAAGAAAAGAAGAAGUGCAACGAAACCAAGAAGAAGGUAGCUGCUGCCUGCAAUGCAAUCCUCAAGUCCGAAGACGAAGAAAACGAUCUUACGCCACGCCGCUGGAAACAUGUGCUCUUUGUGUGGCCUGAUAAUAUCGUGGCGACAACUGAUAUGAAGUCGUCGGACCCCCCUAUCAAUGAUCAGAAGCUCAGGUUGAAUCUUCGUUUGCGUGUGAUUGAUGAAGACGGUGAGAAUGACAUCGAUGUGAAGAAGAAAAAGAAGAAGGGAGUGUCUUUGAAGUCCCUUUUCAAAGGGAUGCAGCUCACUGCGAAAGGUGAGCCCAAGUACGGUGACGACACAUCUGAUGAAGAGGAGGUGGAGGAAGAAGAAGAAGACGAGGAGAGUACCUCAGAUGAUGAAUCGACUUCUUCGGCAUCCUCUUCGGAUGAAGAGAAAAAGAAGAAAGCCAAGAAGAAGAAAGCCAAGAAGAAAAAGCAAGCUGACAAGAAAAAGAAGAAGAAAAAGAAAAAGAAGAAAGACAAUGCCUCCGUCUCAUCUGUUUCCUUGGAAUCUGAGAAGGGAGGAGAACUCAUCGCCAGCAGUGAGGAAGAAGACGUUGAAAGCAACAAGAGCGAGGUCUCCAAAGAAGAUUCAGUCGAAGCAGACAAGCCAACCAACAAAGAGUUGCCAAAGCCGCUGCCUCCACCACCAUCACUGCCACUGCCUCCUCCACCACCACCACUACCACUGCCUCCAGCGCCACUGCCUCCGGCACCAGCACCAGCACCACUACCUCCACCCCUUCCAACGGAGGAAAUUGCAAUUGUGCUUUUCCAACAGGACCAUCCAAAGAAACCACUGAAGCGACAGAAGGAGCUGACAAACAUCCGAUCCUUUGAUCCAACAGAAUGGAAGACUGAACGAGAGAACAGUCGUCGCAAGUUAGGCAAGAUCAAGAAAGAAUCAGUGCUGCGUACAAAACGGAUGAUGGAUGUCUUUCUGAACCAGGCAAAACAAGGGAAGAAGCAAGCAACUGGACAAGUUGCCGCCAUUGAUAGAAGCAAGCCAACAGCUGGACAAGUUGCUGCCAUUGACACAAAUUUCGAGGUUACCAAUGCUACCAUCAAAAGAGUUGACAGCCAAGGAGCCGAGUCGACUAGGAAUGCCACAGGAGAUGGUGGAGACGUUGAUGACUUCAUCGGCAAAUUGAAAAAUGGCCUGGAGAAAACAUGGGAGGAUGCCCAGAAAGAAUUGAAAGAGCUGUCUGGCUAG